AUGUUAAGCAGCAUCAACAUCCUCGAGUCAAGGAUGCCUGAUGACACAUCACUUCGUCGUAGCAACAGAAUCUUAACUCGACGAAUCCUCCUCGAGACGGCCAUCGUGAGCCGUUUCUCCGACUGGCAAAUCGCCAUAGUCCCGCGUAUGCGCUUUGGUUCUGAAUCGUGGCAAAUUCACUUGAACCCCCACGCAGCUUCGAAACCCAAACAGAGGCCGUAG